CACUGUUCGAGCAGUAUACCUUUAUCACUUCACAGUUUGCUGUGAGGGGUUAUAUUUUGCCACGUCUAUAAUAUUUAUUUAUUUAACAUAAUGAGUUCUUGGGUACAAUAUCUUAAGUCUAUACCUACGUAUAUGGACUAUGAUGGCCAGGCUAGAGCAGAGAAAUUAUCAAGAGUCAUCAUAACUCUCUUUGGGGUCGUCGGUCUUAUAUGGGGAUACGUCAUUCAACAAUUCUCUCAAACUAUUUAUAUUCUAGGGGCAGGUUUUGUAAUGGCUGCAUUAAUCACAGUACCACCAUGGCCUAUGUAUCGUCGUAAACCAUUAGAUUGGCAAAAACCACAAACUGAAAUAGCCACAAAGUUAAAAAAGAAAAAAUAAUUGUGUAUUUAAUUUAUAUUGACAAAAUGAUCUAAGUUUUCGUUCGACCAAGUGCGAAGGCAGGAGAGACUGACAUUCCUACGUAUAAUAUAACAUUUUAUAACUAAAUGUAGGAAGAAAAAAAAACCUGCAGCAUUUAAUAACCUAUGUACUUCAAAGUAAAUUCUUUUGACAUUUAU